CCAGUGCUGUUGUCAUUCGCAGUCAUUCGCCCAACGGAAACGAUAUGUGCUACAGAUACAGCUUCAUUCUGAUCAUCGCCAGUGCUCUGCUCCUGGUGAGCAUCCGCGCUGCCCCUGCCAGCGAUGUGGUCGUAGAGAAGCAGGACUCUCUUUCGGGGGAGACGCCUGUGGACGUGCCCGAGGAUUGCCAUCAGCCCAAGGAGACGGGACGCUGUUUUGCCCUGUUCUAUCGGUAUGCCUACAAUGUGGAUACCCAGGCCUGCGAGGAGUUUGUCUACGGAGGCUGUGCCGGCAAUAGGAACAACUUCGAGAGCAAGGAGCUCUGCGAGCAGUCCUGCCUUGGUCGUGCCGCAGUCACUGAAAUCAUCUCGGUGACCACAGAGCAGAGCAGCAGCGACAGUGAGGUGACUACAGAGAGCAGCAUCAGCAGCAGCAGCAGCAUCAGCACCAGUACCAGCAGUGCCUAAACUAUUGUUUACUUAGCGCAUAGUAUAUAGGAUUAUUUACGGCAUGCCGACCAAGCAAUUAAGUCACUCCCCAUCUCCCAUACCCAAACAAAUAUAACCACAAUACACAAACAAA